AUGGUGCUCAUCAUUUCUGUGGCAGACGUUCCAGACAGCAUAAAGAAGGCCGACGUUCCAGACAACAUAGAGGCUGACGUUCCAGACAACAUAAAGAUGGAUAGAACAACAAGACAACUCACAACAUUAUUGUUGACAAUAACCAUUCUGAUUGCACUAUCUUCUUCCAUGACAACCCCACAUCCUCGCCCUGCAACAACCAUCGACUACGACCAGGCAGACUUUGAUGAGUUUGGUCCAGACCCUGGUACAGUAGACGCUGUAAAUGUCGACAACAAUCCUGUAGAGAAACCACGUGGACAGUUGAUACUUAGCGAAACUGUGAGCCAGGUGGAAAUAGCUGGUCAGUCCACUCUAGGAUCAGAGGCUGGCUUAGCCGAGUAUGAUCUUGCAGGAGCAACGAAUGCUGAAGCCGAGCCAAUAUCAGAAGAAGACAUUGAUAAGAAUGACAUGAAUAAGAAUGACGUUUCAGUGGAGAAGCAGAAGACACAAAAUGCAAUGUCACCAGUCACUGCUGCUGCCCACGCUGUUGAAGGCGUUGAUGUUGAUGACGACAAUACUUCUAAACCGUGGGAGUAUAGUGAUAUAACGAUGUCUCCAAAAGAAAAGGCCCUUCCUUAUACAAUUUCACAGAUAAAUGAAGGAACUGAUGAAAGUUUCGCCCAUAAUGCAGGUAGAGGUUUGUUAAAAGGAGGAAAAAAACUGGCUAAUGAACAUGCCAAUGGUUCCAAAAGUAAGUCUGCUGCAGUAACUGAAAAGUUCUCCAGACCAAACACAAGGCACCAUGAACUGAGGGUGUCAGACGCUAACAGUGCUGAGUCAAAAGAGAUCAACAUUGGGGAUUCUAAUCAAGACUCAACAAAAUCCUUACAAACGAACAAGCAUUUGAAUUUGAAAGAGACAAACAGCAGUCCUGCUUAUUCUGAUCAAUCAGGUAGUUCCUCGAAAGAAACAGAGACAAGUUCACAACAAACACAACCAGAUGAAGCUACCUCAACACAAGAAAUGUCUAAAAAAAACAGUUCUGUGGAUUCAGUAACAGAAGAGAGCUCUGUUGAUCCUCUGAAUUCUGUGGAAACAGAAAGUAAUACGAGAGAGCAGAUGUCAGAUAAAAGUAAGCACGCCACAAAUGAAAUAGUUUCAUCAGAGACAAAUGAAAUCAAUUCAAACAGCAAUAAUACAUCUCACACAGAAUUGUAUGAGCAAACAAGUGAGAGCAAAGAAAGAUUAUCUGCAAAUGGAAAAAGUUGCGCUAGUCAAACUAAUCAAGAAUCGGUCGAGGGCAGUGGAGAUACAACCAUGAAGGCAGCGGCUAGAAAUAACAAAGACACAGAACUGGGAAAAUGUUUUCUUCCAAAUGCUGAAGACGGCGACAUCUGCUACCUAGUAAAAUCUCUGCACUCAAUUUGCUCCACACAGUUCACAUCUGAAUGCAACCACCAAACUGAGAACCAGGAGUCAGCAGAAAGAAAUGAGGCAGAAAGCUCAAGUGAUUCCAGUACAGAGGCUGGGAAUCAGUCUGUAGAAAGAUCACUCUCUGUGGAUGACGUGAAGAGUUUGUCGGAAUCACUUGAAAGAUCAGUUGGAAUCCUUCAGCUAAUUGAUCUUAUACGAGGGGUGUGUCCGAGCUUGUGCAGAAUAGCAUCAGCAGAAGCCAAUGCCAGGAAGAGUUCAGGUACACAAGGAAUAGAAUCUUCAAUGGCUGACCAGAAUGGUGCUGAAUAUGACAAUGAGAGCGAUGAAGACAGCCAUGAUGUAGACGAUUCACGAGAAGAGAUGGCAAAUGAAAUUGAAAAACAAGACCAGCUGUCUGUAAUCUUGGGUUCAGUGGACAGUGUUACAGUGCAUGAAGACCAAAGAAGCAUGGAUAGCAAUGAUGAAGAACCACAUGAAGAUUCUGAUAACUCAGAUUUUGGAGAAGAGACAAAUCAGAGUGGCAAAACAGCCGAUAGUAUUGCUACCCCUGAAAUGGUUCAUUCUGAUGACAGCAUGGACAGUAAAAGCCAAGGCAAUAAACAGUCUGAUUUCACUGCACAGGACCACAACAGUGCAGAUAAUACUAGUGGAACAAGUGGCGAGAGCAACUAA